AUCCCAGGGUGCUGUGCGCGGCGUGGGCUCCGCCAUCCCGCUGGGAGAGACGGCCUGCCUGCCCGCGCCGCGGUCCUGCCAGCGAGACGCCGCGGCCAGCGAGAGAGCGAGGCGGGCAGGGAGAGGAGAGAGCGUCGGCCCCGGCCGUCGCCGCCAAACGGCCAUGUCCGCGCGCGGCCCCUGAGCGGUACCGAGCCGCCCCUCCCCCGCGCGGACGCCCGCCUCAGCCGCCGCCAACAUGGAGGCCGUGAACGCCUUCAACCAGGAGCUCUUUUCACUGAUGGAGAUGAAACCUCCUAUUUCCCGAGCAAAAAUGAUUCUCAUCACAAAAGCCGCCAUUAAAGCUAUCAAGCUCUACAAACACGUUGUCCAGAUUGUAGAGAAGUUCAUCAAAAAGUGCAAACCAGAAUAUAAAGUUCCUGGAUUGUAUGUUAUUGACUCUAUUGUUCGUCAGUCUCGUCACCAGUUUGGAACGGAUAAGGAUGUCUUUGGGCCAAGAUUCUCUAAAAAUAUUACUGCCACAUUCCAGUAUUUGUAUCUCUGUCCAUCUGAAGACAAGAGUAAAAUAGUCCGUGUCCUGAACCUUUGGCAGAAAAAUGGUGUCUUUAAAAUUGAAAUAAUUCAGCCUCUUCUGGAUAUGGCAGCAGGAACUAGUACAGCUGCUCCAAUGACAGAGAAUGCUACUAAUAAUGAAGGUUCACCACCCCCUCCAGCAAAGGUUGCUUCGGAGCCCCCUCCAGUCACUGCUAAUUCAGUACCUACUAUGCCACAGUUGCCCAGUUCUGAUGCCUUUGCAGCUGUAGCUCAGUUGUUUCAAACAACGCAAGGACAGCAGCUUCAGCAAAUUCUUCAGACUUUUCAGCAGCCUCAAAAAGCUCAGUCUCCGGUCAUAGAUAACACUGUGAUGGCUCAGGUUCAAGCUAUUACUGCUCAGUUAAAAACUACAGCAUCACAACCACCAGAACAAAAAGCUGCUUUCCCACAACCUGAGCAAAAAACAUCAUUUGACAAAAAGCUGCUAGAUCGGUUUGACUAUGAUGAUGAGCCAGAAGCAGUGGAAGAUUCAAAGAAAGAAGAUUCAGCUCCUUCUCCUUCAGUUUCUCAGCCUGCCUUGACCUCUCUCUCAUUCAGUGCACAGGCUGGAUGGUGCUCAAUACCUGGUGGAUUUGCAGGAGAAGGUAUACAACAGCCAGUAUUUCCUCAACUCCCAAAUAUGGAUCCUUUUCAGCAGCGGAUGAUGGGAAUGCAACAGGAUCCAAUGCGCCAUCAGGUCCCACUUCCUCCUAAUGGACAAAUGCCAGGUUUUGGUCUCCUUCCUACCCCCCAGUUUCCACCCAUGGCUCAGCCUGUGAUUCCACCAACAGCUCCUGUGCAGCAAACUUUUCAGACUCCUUUCCCAGUGCAGAGUGAAUCGCACUUGCAAAAAACACAUCAGCAGAACAUGGAAGUGGAACAGCAACCUAUUCAAGAAAGAAAACGACAUGUUUCUGACAACAGAAAGUCAAGGUCUAGAUCUGCAUCAAGGUCACCUAAAAGGAGACGUUCGAGGUCCGGCUCCCGCUCUCGAAGGUCACGUCAUCGUCGGUCUCGGUCACGGUCCAGGGACAGACGCCGGCACUCUCCUAAGUCUCGAUCGCAAGAAAGACGUGAACGCGAGAGGGAGAGAGAACGCAGGUCAAAAGGCCUUCCUCAGAUCAAAUCAGAAACUGUUAGUGUUUGUAGUACUACGCUUUGGGUAGGACAACUUGACAAAAGGACUACGCAGCAGGAUGUUGGAAGUCUCUUGGAGGAGUUUGGCCCAAUAGAAUCAAUAAAUAUGAUACCACCAAGAGGAUGUGCCUAUAUUGUAAUGGUUCACAGACAAGAUGCUUAUCGUGCCCUACAAAAAUUGAGCAGAGGCAACUUCAAAGUCAAUCAAAAAUCUAUAAAGAUUGCGUGGGCUUUGAAUAAAGGAAUAAAGCCAGAUUACAAGCAGUAUUGGGAUGUAGAAUUAGGUGUUACUUACAUACCAUGGGACAAAGUGAAGCCUGAAGAUCUUGAAAGCUUCUGUGAAGGCGGAAUGUUGGACAAUGAAACUCUCAGUCCAGAGUGGAAGGGGAUUCCCAAGAAGGCUGAAAAUGAAGUAGCUCAGAAUGGUGGUGCAGAAGCUGCGCAUAAUGAACCAGUGUCACCUAUCCCUAAAGCUUUACCUGUUCCAAUUCCUGUUCCCAUGCCUGCACCAAUUACAGUACCUCCUCCGCAGGUUCCACCACAUCCAUCAGGUCCUCCUGUGGUUGGUGCACUCCAGCCACCUGCUUUCACAGCGCCUCUAGGAAUUCCGCCUCCUGGAUUUGCUCCUGGAGUGCCACCACCACCACCACCUCCAUUUUUACGACCUGGUUUCAACCCAAUGCAUUUGCCUCCAGGCUUUCUUCCUCCUGGACCACCACCACCUAUAACUCCUCCAGUAUCUGUUCCUCACACUCCAGCAGUAAACAUCCCAAACUCUACAGCAGCUGGAGUGAAUGAAGACACUACGAAAGAUGCAUCUGUAGGAAAUCCCAUCCCAACAGUGGUUUCUGGAUCCAGAGGAAAUGCUGAAACUACUGAUAGUUCCAAAAUAUAUGCAACCGUUCCACCUCCUGUAGCACCUACUAAUGUACCUGCUCCUGUCACCCAAGCUAUUCCGCUUCUUGGCACCCAAGGAGUCGCGCCGCCCCCUCCGGCCCCCGUUGUUGGCUUGCAGACUCCAUCCACCGGCCUCCUGGGUGCCCGGCCGGGCUUGAUACCGCUGCAGCGACCUCCAGGAAUGCCACCGCCUCCUAUGCAGCGGUUCCCCAUGAUGCCACCGCGACACAUGCCGCCACACAUGAUGCACAGAGGGCCCCCACCGGGCCCGGGGGGCUUCGGGAUGCCUCCUCCCCAUGGAAUGAAAACCCCCUUCCCUCCUCCGGGCCACUUUGUGAGGCCUGGCGGGAUGCCGGGAAGCGGAGGGCCCAGCGGACCCGAGGAGAACAGAGAUGGGAGGCAGUUCAGGAACGACAGGCAGACGUUCACGCCUAACAGAGACCAGGAGAGGUUCGGAAGGAGAUCUUUUGGCAAUCGUGUAGAAAACGACCGCGAGCGCUACGGCAACCGCAGCGACGACCGAGAUCACGAGCGGCUUGGUAAUCGUGACAGGAGAGAAUGGGGGAGAAGGAGCCCCGAGCGCGAUAGGCACAGGGACAUGGAGGACAGAAACAGACGGUCCAGUGGACAUCGAGACAGAGAGAGAGAUUCUAGAGAUAGGGAGUCUCGCAGAGACAAGGAUGAAAACCGAGGAAAGGAAAAACCCGAGGUGACAGACAGGGCAGAUGGUGACAAAAACCACGAAUCUCAUAGCGGCAAAAUGGAAGACGCAGACGUUGUUUCAGAACUUCCUAAAGGAGAGUCUGAACCCUCAGGCGUAAAGCCUGAGGAUGAGUUGACAUCUGAGGCUACCUCAUCCGUGGAACAAGCUGAAAAGGAUCUGAGCGCGGUCGCGGAGGCUCCUCGCUAGGGACUGGAACCUCUCAGCCGAGGACAGGGACAUUUGUUGGAGUGUAGAGCUUUAGAGUUGUACAGUCUGCUGUAUUAUACUUGCUUCUGCUUCUAUCAGCCCCUCGGUAGUUGGCGGGGAAUUGUAAGCAAUUUGAUUGCUUCCCUUCUAUUUAAAAUAGCCACAACGUAACACAAAAAUACUGAAGAUAUGAUUAAAAUAUUACCCAUUUUUGCUGUAACUUUUUUAAAGUUUUGACUUUAAAAAGUUUACAAAUCAGAAGUAGAAGUGCUUUCUAUUUUUUUUUUUUUUUUUAAUUUAAGAAAAGGUAACGGUGAAAGCUCCUCAAAACAAUAGGGAUGUGUUUUUAAUAAACUCUAUUUUCGUAACAAACCUUAACGUGUGCUAUUCUUCCUACACUGCACUGAAGUGGAGAAGGAUCGUUCGACAUCUUUUAAGUUUGAACUGCUGACGCUGUACGGGAGUCUAAAUUAGACUGUGCUGUUUCUAUUUGUUAAAAGGAAUCCAUCUGUUUGUGUAGCUAUUCACGGAAGCCAAUUUUUAUUUGUAAUAGUCACCUUGAGUUUUAGCUUGCUGCAUUUUAAUGAUCUACCUGACCGUGGGAGGUAAAGGUUAGUUUGGAAAUGUGAAUUGCGGGGCUAUUUGCAGUGUUCCGUUCGGUAUUUGCAAUGCGACCGAGCCUGGUUUUGUCUCUUUUUUUUCCUUUCCCCCCUCCCUCCAAGUGGUUCUGUGCUAAACGCCGCCUCAUCAGCGUGAAGGGGACGCCUUCAGCCAUCCCUGGGUGACUCUGUGAGGCUGUGCAGUGGGCGGGAAGGGCACCGCUUCAGCACCUUCUGUACCUUACGCACUGAUGGCCGUUUGGAAAGCGGGGUGAAAGAGAAAUCAAAGGCAGACACCAACAAACAAUGUGCGACGCAAAGCCUGUCUUUAUUGAAGCGGGGCUGGGAGUUGAUGGGGAAGUGAGAGACCGCUCGAGGAUUUUAACGUGCUGCCUGUUCUCACAAAGCCGGGCUGCUACCGCUGUGUUAAUGAUGUGUACCUCCUGUAAGCCUGCAAGAGGUAGGUCUGAAGUUUUUAGCCGCCGAGCGUUGUUACCUGUUGGACUGAUGGAAAAAGAAUGCUUGUUUUUGUGUUUGUCAGAGUUUUACCAUUUUCUCUCCGGGUUACUUAAAGAAUUUGGGUAGAUUUUAACAGGGCAAAUCCUGCUUCUUUGCGGUUGGCCCUUUGGGUGCAAAAAGUCUUGAGAGACCGCUGCGUGACGCCGAGCAGCCUGAGCCCCAACACGUCCAUGCUGUAUCGGUCUCUGAUCAGCCCACGCACUGAAUGCGAGGCUCGGGCUGCACCAGGCGUUCAAUUGAACCUCGUUAUGCUCUGAAAGUGUAGUGGAAAAAUUGUAUGAAUCCUGUGCAUAUUUAAUUUUUUUUCUCCUUGCUAUAGGCGUGUUCUGCUUUUAAAGUUGGUUUUUUUCGUUGGUUUUGUUUUUUUUUUUCCCCUAAGCGAGGGCAGCUGCUUUUUUACAUCAGUACUUUUCCAUAGCUGCUCUGUGGCAGAGGAACUUUUCUUCUGGGGGAGGGAG